UCGCUGAUAGAUUGUUCUUCCUCAAACGUGGUGGUUUUAAUUGAGGUCGAUUCUGACUCAAUACCCAGUCAUGAUUCCUGAACUUGGAUUUUAAAAAGAAAAAAAGAUGAGAAGAGAUGUGCCAAGACAUCAGGCCCAAAAACUGCCAAACAAAUCUGUGGUGAGGCCUAACGGGACAAGCUGAAAGUCCCAACAACUUCAGUACAUUAUAAAGGUUCUUGUUAUUUUAUUUUAUUUUUUAAAACAAGUUGAGAUGCUUCUGCUUAAACACAGUGUGAAUUCAUUUGCCACUUCUAAACAUUUAAGAAUGAAAGUGACAAAUGAACUUGCAAAUGCAUUCCAUUUUUAAACAUUCUGAUGAAAGGGGCAUAUGAUGAAUCGGAAAUAUUUUUCUUUUAACUCCUUGAUGCAUCGUACAUCUAUAUUAUUAAGAAGCUUGUCCUCUUUUAUCUAUGGGACUCUACGUUCACCCGCAGCCCUUUUGUUGUUGCUCUCACGCUAACAUGCGAGAUCCGCAGAGCCAACUCGACUGCAUUCCGCCCAGACUUCCCCUCCGCCAGCGGCCUGCUUGCUUUGAGAUGAGUACAAGAUGUCGGUGUCGGGGCUGAAGGCCGAAUUGAAGUUUCUCGAGUCAAUCUUUGACCCGAACCACGAAAGAUUCCGAAUAAUAGACUGGAAACCCGACGAACUCAGUUGCCAGUUCAACGUAACGGGAGAGAAGCUGCUGAUCAUUCACUGCAACAUCACGGAGUCUUAUCCUUCAACGUCCCCGAUAUGGUUUGUCGACUCCGAUGAUCCAAGUCUGGCGGAAGUGUUAGAGCGCUUGGAGGAUGUGAGAAAAGGCAGCACGUUGCUUCUUCAGCAGCUAAAGCGUCUCAUUUGUGACCUGUGUCGACUGUACAACCUGCCUCAGCAUCCAGAUGUAGAAAUGCUGGACCAGCCUCUGCCCGCUGGCCCCAUUAUGCAAGAACGAAAGCAUGGACCGUCAGAUGAGGUGACGUCGGAGGAAGAUGAGGAGGAAGAAAUGGGAGAGCAGGACAUUGACCUGGACCAAGACUUGGACCAUUAUGACAUGAAAGAAGAAGAACCAGUGGAUGGCAAAAAGUCUGAGGAUGACGGGAUUGAAAAAGAACAUCUGGCCAUCUUGGAGAAGAUCCGUAAAAACCAGAGACAGGACCACUUGAAUGGCGCAGUCUCUGGCUCUGUGCAGGCUUCGGACCGCCUCAUGAAGGAACUCAGGGAGAUCUAUAGAUCACAGAGUUACAAGACAGGUAUUUAUUCAGUGGAACUAGUCAAUGACAGCCUUUAUGACUGGCACGUCAAGUUAAGAACGGUAGAUCCAGAUAGUCCGCUGCAUAGUGAUUUGCAGGUCUUAAAAGAAAAGGAAGGAGUGGACUACAUUUUGCUCAAUUUCUCUUAUAAAGAUAAUUUUCCUUUUGACCCGCCUUUUGUGCGGGUUGUCGCUCCUGUGCUCUCCGGGGGUUAUGUUCUAGGAGGAGGAGCCUUGUGUAUGGAACUUCUAACAAAACAGGGAUGGAGCAGUGCCUAUUCCAUAGAAUCUGUUAUUAUGCAGAUAAAUGCAACUCUAGUGAAAGGAAAAGCCAGAGUUCAGUUUGGGGCCAAUAAGAACCAGUACAAUCUUGCCAGAGCACAACAGUCAUACAAAUCCCUUGUGCAGAUUCACGAAAAGAAUGGUUGGUACACACCCCCGAAAGAGGAUGGAUAACCAUCUCCGAUCACUAUGCACUGGGAACAUGGGUCAAAGUGUCUCAUUUUCUUUGAGUAUUUUCCCCCCCCAUCUGACUUGUCGGGAGUGCAUCAUGUUUGUUGCGGACCCAUCUGGUUGCUUCAUCUGACAAGUAUUCCUUCGUAUGAUGUGAGGGCGAUACCCGCCCUGUUCAUAUAUCUUCGAUUGUCUUUUCUCCAGUCUGAAUGUGGGGGGGGAGGGGGGGACAUUUCUUCUUUAGCUGCUUUUGACAAAGUGGACUUUAAAUGAGAGUUUUAAAAGUCAUUCGGAAGCCCUCGGAGUGGCACGUCACCUCACGUUUUGAUUUUGUUUGUGUUAAACAGGUACACAGUUAUUGUUUUCAAACUAUUUAGUAAAUGUUACUUUAUAUGAGCAUCCUAGACAAUAAAUGAGCCAGUUGUCAUAGUUUGGAUGGUUAUCUUUAAAUUAAAAUGACCUACCACUCUAUCUUUUAAAAGAUUUUGAGGAGUAUUUGGGUCCAGGAGAGAUUGGUUACGAUCAGAGAGAGAGUUGCGUUGAUAUUAAUAAAAUGACUCUUAAACCGGCUCAUUGUUGCUAAACAGGGAGUGACGCUUUUAAAUGAACAUCAUUACGUGUUCCGGCUUAAAUAAAAAUGUUAAGGAGCUCUUUUUGCCUUAUUCCUAUCCAUCAUCCCUGCUGGAGUUGUAUGAGUUCCAGCAGCAGGGUCGAUGUGGUUUAUAGUCGCAGUGCCGUGCUCACUUGUGGUCAUGAACACGGAUUUCAUCCCUCUUUACUAGAAUCACACUGGAAACAUCCUCAGAGUAAACAAAGGUUGUUGGGUUCGGAACUCUGGACUGUGUUUGUCCUGGUGUCGUUUUUGUCGUGGUUUGCACCUUCCCAGUUGAGUUACUGAACUACAGACGUGUUACAUGGCUGAAGAGACGUGUUGGGUUGACCAGGAGGGGAGAAUUAAGAAAUAUGGCUGUCCUUUAUUGCUACGAUAUGCAGAUGUGCUUCUGUGUUGCUUUUGGCGUGAAAAAUGAAAGGAUUGCUGAUAGUGUAUGAAUGCAAAAUUUGUCUUAACUUAGCUGUCAUCAUUGCUUGGAAUCAAACCUUUAAGUAACCACAAGUUUUAAAGGCCACACUGACUAAUUACAAGUAGGGGGGAACUCGUUGCUCUUCUUAUGAUCACAUUUCGGACACACAAUUUGAAAUAGGUCGAUGGCAACACGACGGAUAUUGGGUCACCAUAAGUUCAAUUGUAAUCGUAUUACAGUUGAUUUCUAAACGCCACCUGGAGGACGGCUUCCUCUGAAGCACUGGAACGCAGCUCGGGUCUGCCGGCGUUGUUUUGUGUUUCGUUUUGUAAGAUUCUCUCAAAAAUGUGCUCACCUGAGAGAAGCAUGAUCAGCUGGUGCGGUUGCCUGCCUGCCCGCCCGCCAAUGCCAAAACUGCUCUGAAGCGGCGAAAUCAGAGAUGAUCCGAGAUUGAAAGUCAUGCAGUGGUGAAUGGACUUGCACUCUCGUCAAACUGGACUCUGUCGAAAAGUUGAAUCUCUUUAAACCAACAAACAGGUGAUGGUGGCAUCUGGCACGAUUUGCUUGCUUUGGUUUUUAAUUCCUUUUCUUAUUUUUUUUUCUCAUUUAAAGACAUUUUGACCAUGUACAGUAAUUUGUAAACUUGCAUCAAGUUUAUGAAUAAAGAAUUUUACGAUUA